AUGGCCAUGAUGUCGAAGCCGCAACCACAACCCAGGCGCCAAUCCUUCAAAGUGCUCGCCUCUGAGUACGAACCCGGCCUGAAGCCCCUCCUGGAAUGCGACGGAGCAUGGGAGGGGCCUCCCCAGAUUGGUACCCACCUGGACGACCCUGAGCCAGACAUAGAGCACUGCAGCAUCCUGCCCGAGCCCUGCCUGCGUCCAGGCCUACCCGGAUCCCUGGCAGCCGAGGCCUGGUCCCGCGGGCGGUGGCUGGUGGGGCUGCUCAUCCUGCAGAGCAGCUCCAGCUUCGUGCUGAGUGGCUACUCGGAUCUUCUGGAGCGGCACCUCGUGGUCACCCUCUUCCUCACCAUGCUGGUUGGAGCAGGCGGCAAUGCAGGCAAUCAGUCGGCCAUCAAAGUCAUCCGAGGGCUGGCCACAGGCGCGCUGCGGCCCACACUGGGCAUGCUGCGCGCCACGUUGGCGCGCCAGGCCAUCGUGGGGCUGCUCCUCGCCAGCGGCCUGGCCUCCGCCGGGUGGGUGCGGGUCUACCUCACCGCCGGCGACCCGCGCCACGCCUCCGCCAUCGCUCUCUCCCUCCUGCUCAUCGUCAACACCAGUGUCCUGGUCGGCACCGCGCUCCCCUUCGCCCUGGCAAGGCUGGGCGUCGACCCCGCGAACGCAGGCACGAGCAUCCAGGUGGUGAUGGACGUGAUGGGGGUGCUCAUCACCUGCGCCUGCUGCCGCUUGGUGCUGGACCAGCUCGCCGGCGUGCUGAGGCACGCACCACCCCUCCCGUGA